CUCUUCAUUAUAAUAUUUAAGUAGGUCGGCUUAGGCGUCAGCGUUGUACUAGAAAUGAAAUUGGGGAAGACUUUCUAAAACUUUUUAGUCACGUUGGAAAAAAAUGGAUUACGAUUCAUCAACCAAAUUUAUAUCGUCUCUAGCAAAGUUUCUACAGUCACUUUGCAAUGGUUAUGUUGAAUUUGAUAAUGGUGUUCAGGUUAUAGGCCAUUUAUAUCUAAGUGUAGACACAGGAAAAACAAUAGACUACAUCUUAAAUGAAAAAGUGUGCAAAACUGAUGAAAACAGUGUUACAUUUAUAAGUAAUAGUUUUCAUGCCCAACCAGCAGAAAGGCCUAAGCCACACAAGAAGUCACAUGAUAAAGCUGAAUCAAAGUCUGAAGAGGUAAAUGAAAGUAUACUUGGUCAAGCAGAACCUAAAAGUACUAAUUAUGGAACAUUGCCCCAUAGAGGGGCCCAGAACUCUCCACACUCUCAGAAUUUAAAAAGAUCUUUUUCACCUUCCUUAAAAAAUUUAAAAAGUGAACCAUCACCAUCAAAGUCUGGAAGACAAUCUCCCAGGCAUAAAAAAAUUAGAACUGAACCAUUAGAUCAAAAUUUGUCCUCACAAACCUCAAAUCCUGCCAGUGAAAACAGUAUUCCUUCUCAACCUAGUCCAGCUGCUGAAAGUGUAACACCAGCAACUUUAACUGCACCCAACACUGAUGUAUCACAUGGCACAAAUUAUAAUGAACCUUAUCAGCAAAGUUUCUUCCAUCCUGGAGAUGAUGAGAAUUCUAUGGCUGAAGAAUCAGAAGAGCGGGAUAUAAAACCAUCAAUAGAUACAGAUGUUACGUUUAUAAAAGAAGAAUUCGCCUCCUCUUCAAGCUGUUCUCAGAGUGGUAAUCAAAGUCGUGAUAGAAGUCAUGGUGAUGAUUCAGCACUAUAUCCUGUUUAUCAGUCAAAUUCUGCUUUUCCUGCUGUUAACUUUCCUGGGCAGGCUAGUUUUGGUGCAGCAUCUGGUUCACAAAGGUCUAAUUUUAACACAUCAGGGGAUAGGUCAGCUAUAUAUACAUCAGGUUCUUCACAAAUGGAUGGUGGUGAAAGCUCAGGCGACCCAUCAGGGCCCCUGAACCUAGGCGUUGAGAGAAACAUCUUUGGGGCCCCUGCAGCCCUGCAAUCCUCUGAUAUGCUCAGUGUUAAUUCAGGGGGAAGCAGCUUUUUGACUUGGACUCAGCGUAGAAUGUCUUACCCUCCAAUUUCUUUAAUGGAAAGCACAAAAAGUGUGAACAAUUUUUCUAUACCAGAUACUAGUGGGUCUUCUGCUACAUAUUCUUCCAAUUCUUCUACAUCUUAUAGAAGACUCUCUCGAGAUGUUUAUGGCAAUCCUAUGUUUUCCACCUGUUCCAAAUGUGGUGGGAAAUACACAAACCCAGGAAUGUGCUCAUCUCAUGAGGCGAAUUGCAAUGGCAAUAAUAGGUUAAUGUGUCACAUUUGCAAAAGGGUUUACAGUCAAAUGUGUGCACUGAAAGAGCAUCUUCGUGGUAAACAUGGCCUUGGGGAAAUGUUGUCCUGCAAACAUUGUGGCAGAUCCUUUAAAUACAAACCACAGCUCUAUGACCAUAGUUGUACUGGCAUACAUACUAAGGAAAAGCAGCGUCAAACUUUCAUUAAUACUUUGCAGGAAGACAAUCUUUCUAGAGAAUCAGAUGAUCUUGAGUCUUCUGAUAAAACUAAAAAAAUUCACCUGCAAACUGUAUGGCAAAGUAUUUAAAAUCCUUUACAUCUCUUCCAGUUUAAUACUUAAUAACUACACCAGACUGAAACUAAUACACUUAUAAUUUGAUCCCUUUAAGUAAGGUGUUGUUGUUUGAUUACUUAAGAAAUUUCAAUUAUUUUUAAGUAUGCAAUAUGGUUAUAAUUUAACAUGUGAAUUUUAAUACUUUUAAAAAUUUAUUCCUGUUGAAAAUCCAAUUGCACUAUCAAAAUUAUGAUAGCAAAGAAAGAUGAGAUUUCUUACUUAAGCAAUCUUUUGUUAGGGUCAUCUUAAAAAAUAGGAUCUUACUUAAACAGGUUGCUACUUGUGGCCUAAAUUUAUUAAGCAGCUUGUUAUGGUACAUAGAAUUUUUUUUUCAAAUUUGGGUAAAAUACCAUCUUGAAACUGUUUACUUUCUUGCUCAGUAUGAAUGACCUAUUAUUUAUAUAUUUAUAAUUCUUAACUUGCAUGCAAUAAAUAAGAACAAGUGACAUUUUAAGUUACUUUUCACACAAUAGAAUACCUUUUAUUGAUCAAAUCACUGGAAAGAAAUAUUCUCUAGCAUAUUCAUAGAUUUUCUUCUUAAUGGUCUUCUUUAUGGUUCUAGAUAUUGUUUUUAGGCUGUACUCUAUAACUUUAAAAGCAUAGACUAUUUCUGUUUCAAGUACUUUUUUAGAGCUGAAUAAACUAUCAAUAGCACCUAUAGAUAUAAAAAAAAAAAUAUGAAUCAUAUACAUAGGAUAAAAAAACGAAAACUAUAGAUCUAAUUAAAUAGCUGUGGUGGAUGACCACAACUUUAAAAUUAUGCUACAGCCAACUUUUUACACUUAGCCCAUGAAAAAAGGACAAGACACACCUAACUAAAAUGAAACAAAUAUUAGCAGUUUCAAUGAGAACUAAUGAUUAGAGAUCUCCUGUGCAGUUAGUGUAGGAAAGAAGUUACAAAAGGGAAGUAAUUCAAAUAAUUAAAAAAGACAGAUUUUGUGUUUUCUUAUGGAAUUUGAAUGAAACAUAAAUUUUACAGAUUUUUUUUUACAAACCAAUUAAGAUUUUAAAUGCCUAUGACUCAGAACGAGAAACGUAAUAUUUAUUUCUAUAAUGAUUAGCUCCUUUGUCAAACCCUCAAAUAAAUAGCAAAGAAUGCAUUUAGGACACAUGGACAUUAAAGAGGUUUAGAUAUGAUUCGGGUUAGGAAAAAUGAGAAUUAACAAGGAUUAGAUGUUUAAAAUACAAGAAUUUUUUCAUUAUUGAACAAAUUUUUGUAAAUGCAGUAUUACCUUGUAGCAUAUUUUUUGUUUAGACUUCCAUUCAUGUUAUUUAUUUAUUUCAAUGGUUUAACAAUAAACCUAUUAAUUUUCUAAAUGUUUAAUUGUGAAUGGUUUGUGAGAUUCUUGUUAAGUUGUAUAAUUUAGAACAGUUAGUUUGCAUAAUGUAUUUCUCAUAAUAUAAUAAAUGGUUUAAACACAUUGUCACAAAAUUACUCUUUAUACCUAAACACGUAUACCUCAAAAUACAUUGUUAAAUACAUUGAAAGUAAUUAAAUAUUUUUUUAAAAGUAUAAUGUUUCUGUUGCAUUGUUUGUUAAUUCAUGUGGUCUUUUGAAUAUUCAGACACUAAAAUUUCAUUACCGAAGAAGCUUCCACAAGCUUCUGGUUUUUAACCCUUUAUUCUAUGUCCCAACUUGUAUCUUCUUUUUGGCUAAAGCUUGGGGCGUUCCCUGCCAAAUCUUAAGAUUUCAGGCGAAGAAGGCUUGCAGCAAUGUUCUUAGUGAGGUGAUUCAAUAGAAUUUUUUUCGUGGGAUUUAUGUCUACUUGGGUUUUACAUUAAAAAACCUGCCAAGCUCAACCUGCUUCACUUGUUUUAGUAUUCAUUAAAGCUGAGGUCACUCUUGCCAUAAGUAUUUUAUUCUUUUUG